GCCCGGUCCCCGGUGGGAGGGGGCGAGCGAGCGCGCAGGCAGGCGGCUGCCAGCAGCUCAUCCCAGCUCGCUCGCUGGCGGCGCCUGCUCGCAGAAGCUCCCGGAUCCAGACACGCGCAAGGCGCUGUCCUUUCAGCACCACGAGCCCGGCCGAGGAGGGAGGACUCUUGGCCAGGCUCCUGCUCUCCAAAUUGGCUUGAAUCUGCUCUGACCCCCAAGAGUGCAGCACAGUCCGGGAAGAAAGGCACAAGGAUGGUGAAGCUGAACAGCACCCCGGGCGAGAAAGGCGCCAAGCCGCCCUCGGUGGAGGAUGGCUUCCAGACCGUCCCUCUCAUCACCCCCCUGGAGGUGAAUCACCUGCAGCUGCCUGCUCCGGAAAAGGUGAUUGUGAAGACAAGAACGGAGUAUCAGCCCGAACAGAAGAACAAAGGGAAGUUCCGGGUGCCGAAGAUCGCCGAGUUUACGGUCACCAUCCUGGUCAGCCUGGCCCUCGCAUUCCUCGCCUGCAUCGUGUUCCUGGUGGUUUACAAAGCCUUCACCUACGACCACAGCUGCCCGGAGGGGUUUGUCUACAAGCACAAGCGCUGCAUCCCGGCCUCCCUGGACGCCUACUACUCGGCGCAGGAGCCCAGCUCCCGGAGCCGCUUCUACACGGUCAUCAGCCACUACAGCGUGGCCAAGUAUGUGCUCCUUGGCCGCUCACCCCGCCCCCCAUCCCGCUUCUGUGAGACCCUGAGCCGUCUGUCCGUCCGUCUGUCCGUCUGUGGAGGCUGCGACUCAUCCUCAGACAUCAAGUUGCAGAGUCACCAGCUCUGGCUCGCCCCCAGCCGGCCUCGGGGUCCAGGGCUCGCGCUGACAGCGACACCGGUGCCCGCGCUGCGUGCCUUGGUUAAGCGCUGUGUGUUCAGAUACCUCCGUGGCAGGCGUCUGGGGGCGGCCAGGCCUGACCGGGAGGAGCGGGAGGCUGACUCCAAGCUCAUGGCUGCGCCAGGGCUGUGA